AUGGAGUCCUCGUCCCCCAAGGCACCUGCGAAUGCAAACCCUCUUCGCAUCACGGUCCGAUUUACGACCUCUAUUCCCGAUCUGUUGCUGGACAUUUCUGACCCAGAUGCGACGUCCGUCGAUGCGUUGAAACACCUGGUUCGGUCAAGGCUUGAAGCGCCUUCGUCCCUACGUCGAUUACGAUUUAUAUAUAGCGGGAGGCUGCUGAAGGGUGAUGAUAUCCUUUCGGCAGUCUUGAAGAUCCCGCCUCCUCCGCCGCGCGCUCCCGAUCCAAAUGGCAAGGGCAAGGCUGUUGAUCUCCCGCCUAUUCGCGUCUAUAUCAACUGCUCUAUCGGUGAUGAGCUGAGCACAGCUGAACUUGCUGCAGAAUCCCUCGCCGCAACUACACCAUCAGAGAAGUCUAGGAAAGGAGCGAGUGGCUCGAACGAUGGGAGCUCUUCUCGAGCGACGGCGACGACAACGCCUGCUCCCAGAGGGUUUGAUCGGCUUCUUUCAGGCGGCUUCACCCCAGCAGAAGUAAACCAACUCCGACUACAGUUCCUCUCUAUACAAGCGAAUAUACAUACACCAGACUCGAUGCCCUCACCGAAUACGUUACGACGCAUGGAAGAUGCUUGGAUAGAUGAUAAUGCUGGAAAUGCUGGUCCGGGAAUGGGAAAUGGAGGGUUUGAUUUUGGAGAUGAUGGGCUUGGCGGUGGAGCGUUGGAUGACCUCCUCUGGGGAAACGUAAUGGGCUUUCUCUGGCCAUUAGGGUGCGUGGGAUGGCUGAUGAGGGAAGGUGGGAUCUGGUCGGGAAGAAGGAAAAUUGCCGUCUUUACGGGCUUCGUGCUCAGCCUCACAUUUGGCAUGUUGAGAACGGUCUCGUGA